AUGAGGGCGCGGCCGCGAGUCUGCGAGGCGCUGCUCUUCGCCCUGGCGCUCCAGACCGGCGUGUGCUACGGCAUCAAAUGGCUGGCGCUGUCCAAGACCCCGGCGGCCCUCGCGCUGAACCAGACGCAGCACUGCAAGCAGCUGGAGGGGUUGGUAUCUGCGCAGGUGCAGCUGUGCCGCAGUAACCUGGAGCUCAUGCACACCAUCGUGCACGCCGCCCGCGAGGUCAUGAAGGCCUGCCGCAGGGCCUUCGCGGACAUGCGCUGGAACUGCUCCUCCAUCGAGCUUGCCCCCAACUACCUGCUUGACCUGGAGAGAGGGACCCGGGAGUCAGCCUUCGUGUAUGCGCUGUCGGCGGCCGCCAUCAGCCACGCCAUCGCCCGGGCCUGCACCUCCGGCGACCUGCCCGGCUGCUCCUGCGGCCCUGUCCCAGGUGAGCCACCCGGGCCCGGGAACCGCUGGGGAGGAUGUGCGGACAACCUCAGCUACGGGCUCCUCAUGGGGGCCAAGUUUUCCGAUGCUCCUAUGAAGGUGAAAAAAACAGGAUCCCAAGCCAAUAAACUGAUGCGUCUACACAACAGUGAAGUGGGGAGACAGGCUCUGCGCGCCUCUCUGGAGAUGAAGUGUAAGUGCCACGGGGUAUCUGGCUCCUGCUCCAUCCGCACCUGCUGGAAGGGGCUGCAGGAGCUUCGGGAUGUGGCCUCUGACCUCAAGACCCGCUACCUGUCGGCCACCAAGGUGGUGCACCGACCCAUGGGCACCCGCAAGCACCUGGUGCCCAAGGACCUGGAUAUCAGGCCCGUGAAGGACUCGGAGCUUGUCUAUCUGCAGAGCUCGCCCGACUUCUGCAUGAAGAACGAGAAGGUGGGCUCCCAUGGGACGCAAGACAGGCAGUGCAACAAGACGUCCCACGGCAGUGACAGCUGUGACCUCAUGUGCUGCGGACGCGGCUACAACCCCUACACGGACCGCGUGGUCGAGCGGUGCCACUGCAAAUACCAUUGGUGCUGCUACGUCACCUGCCGUAGGUGUGAGCGCACCGUGGAGCGCUAUGUCUGCAAGUGAGGCCCUGCCCACCCCGUGGGGACUUGUGGAGGCCCAGCCAGGGGCCCGGAGACACCCCGUGGAGUUUUUCUUGGGAAUUCCAGAUGCCAGGCAUGGGAGGCGGCUUGUGCUUUGCCUCCCCUUGGAAACCGCCAGAAACAGAAGGCCCGGCCGCUCUGGAAGGAGGGCCAGGACAUCAAAGGAAACCGACAAGAUUAAAAAUAACCUGGCAGCCAGAGCCUGGGAGUGCCCACUUGCUGCCUUCCAGACUCGUCUAAGAAGCCAGGGGUAUGAGUUGGGCAGGACUGGCAUGGACUUGACCUUUCGCAGCCGGAGACACCAGCCUCCCGGGAAGGGAGGUCUGCCUGCCCUCCUCAGAAUGUCUGCAGGCCCAGCCCUUGCAACGACCCCCGGCCCACCCCAGGGUCUGAGCCUGCUGGGCAUACCACAUGGAACCACUAGCUUGGGUUGUAAAUGUUUUUUGUUUUGUUUUGUUUUGUUUUGUUUUCUUCCUCUGGGAU